UAUUAUGAAAUUCAUUGAUUGAUUGAUAAAUUGUCAGUCAUUUUGAAGUAUUUUUAAUUAAUUUAUAAUUUCAAAAGCAAUACAAAUGUCAGACAAUUUAAGACAUUUAAUCGGUGAAGACAAAGACAUCGACAUUUGGCGCUUGAGUUCAGCUAAAAGUGAUCAAAAUUUAAGUCAUACUCAUCGCCGCAAAGUCGAGUUCAAUGUCAGCCAAAGAUUGGCCACAACUGACGGUUCGGGUGAUGACCACAUCGAUAGACAUUUUGCCGAUAGUAUGGCCAAAGAGUCCUCAGAUCGAGAAAUGAAGAUUGCAGUGGUUGUGUUGGAUUCAGUGAAUGUGAUGACACAGUAUCUGAUAACACAUCCAUUUGUUGUGAUUCGCAGACAAACACAAGUCACUCUUCGGAGUCAAGUCUAUCACUUGACGCCAUUCACUGUCAUUGCAUUUAUUGUGAGUCUUCAAUCUAAACAGGGAUUCGGUGUCCUUUGGAAAGGUAUCGCCAGUGUCUUCAUCACAAAAGCCAUACAAAUUGGUUUUGAGUCAGUGAUUGCUGAGUUGACCACAUUUCCCAAAGAUAUUAGUUCAAAACGAAAGAGUUUUGAAUGCAUUUGUCAGCACUUAAUCCUCAAAGGAAUGGCUAUAAUAUUGGUGACACCAUUCAUGUGUUCGGGUUCUGCCGAAACAGUCCAGAGUUCAAUUGCAACAGAAAAUCCCGGUAUUUUUGAUACUAUUUGGGAAGGAUUUCGUCGAAUAACUCACUGGAAAAUGGAUCGAAAGCUUCCCAUUUGGCUGAUAUGCGGACCAACUCUUAGUUAUCAUUUAGGAUAUUAUAUCAUUUCUAAUUGUAUUCAAAAUAUAGCAUUUUAUGCGAGAACUGCUGACAUUAAAGAUAAAAACAAUGAAAAUACUUUUACUAAUAAAUACAGAGAUAUUAUGAACAACUUUUGGGGACAAUUAGUAGCAGAUAUAAUGCUAUUCCCCUUACAAACUGUUUUAAUGAGGCUCUACCUUCAGGGCACCAGAACUAUCAUCGAUAACAUAGAGAAGCCCAACGCUGUUAUACCAAUCCUAUCUAAUUAUGAAUCGACCAGUGAUUGCAUUACAACUAUUGUUAAAAAUGAAGGAAAGUCCGGUCUCUUUAAAGGAUUUGGAGCUCUUGUUCUUCAAUAUUCAAUUCAUUACUUAAUAUUGAGAUUAACUAAAUGUUGUCUAAAGAAAGCAAUUCCUAGUCUUUAA